GAGCUUUCAGCAACGAAAGCUUCAAAGUCCUGCAUGCAGUGGCUAUAGGUCAUGUAUUCCUUUCACAUUUGUUACAUUUUGCUUUUAUUUUGCUCUGUACGGACUAGUUUCGUCUCUUCAGUAGACCCAGGAGAAUGCCGCUAUUUGGUAUUCAAGCCUGCCAAAGCAUUUGAUGGUCAACGCUUAAAAAGGCACGUGAUAAGAGUUGAUUACGUCAAGGAGAAAGAAUUUUGUGGGAUACUUUGUUAUAUGGAGCCAGAUUGUGUCAGCUAUAAUCUUGGAAAACAAGUAAGUGAAGCUGAUGGGACGUAUACAUGUGAGCUGAAUAACUUUACUCACGAGGGAAACAAAGACGACCUGGUCAAGGAUCAAAGUUACAUUUAUGGAGGAGCAGAGAGUGCGUGCAUCAUAAAUCCUUGCAAGAACGACGCCAAAUGUCAAAGCGGUUUUACUGAUAAGGGCUACCGCUGUGUGUGUUCAGUUGGAUACAAAGGUUUCACUUGCGACGAAGACUUGGUUCUUCAUCCUAGAAAAUUCAUGGAAUCUGAAACGAGCGUCGGUAGCCGUAAAAUGGUGGAAAUCAGUGUCCCGAGUAGAAGCAAAUGA